CAGAGGCCACUGCAGUCAGUCACUACUCGCCUGGUUACGGCAGGCCACUGCUAGAUGGCCUCGCUGUCCAUCAUAACGGCAGGCCGCUGCUAGAUGGCCUCGCUGUCCAUCAUAACGGCAGGCCGCUGCUUCACGGCCUCGCUGCACAUCAUAAACCUCAUCAAGAUCUCAUCAGCCUCAAGAGUCUCCAGCUGCCCUCGCUCGACAGAGUAAGCGAGUCUCCAUCUCACGCGGCACUCAAAGUUCCCAUGGGCGAACGGUUCCAGAACGACGGGCUGGGAUCCCCGACAGGACCCCGGUUCGACCAGACCAUACCGAGGAACCUGACCGUUCAGGAAGGACAGACUGCCAUCCUCUCAUGCCGGGUCCUUAACCUGGCCGAGAAAACGGUAUCGUGGAUACGACUUCGUAACCUGCACGUGUUGACCGUGGAUAAGUACAAGUACAGCACCGACCAGCGCGUGUCCGUAGUGCACAACGAGGCGAGUCAGGAGUGGGUGCUGCGCAUCAGAGCUGCUGAGAAGGACGACGCCGGCAAAUACGAAUGUCAGAUCUCAACCAAACCCGUGCUCAGCUACAUCGUCAACGUAAAUGUUAUUGAGCCACGUGCGGAAAUCGUGAACGCUCCGGAUAUUUACGUGCAUCAGGGUUCCCUCAUCAACCUAACGUGCCUGGUACAUCAUGGAACGGACCGGCCAAUUUUUGUGUACUGGUAUCACGGUAACAAGUUGAUGGAGUACGAAGGCGACCGAGAAGGAGUGACAGUCGUGACAGAGGCCACUAAGAACACCGUAUCCUACUUACUGGUGCACAACGCAUCGUUCGCUGAUACGGGCCGAUACACGUGCAAGCCUUCCAACGGUAACUCCGUCACUGCCAACUUACACGUUCUUGAAGGAGAAUAUCAAGCUGCAAUGCAAACAAACGGAACAUCUCAGGCACGACGGAUUUCAUUUUCCGUCAUAAGUCGCCUGAUCAUGAUGUCUUUCCUUCUCCAACGCGUCAUCAUCUUGUGAUCGUUCCAGCCAACUCUGCAAUUAUGAAUUGACGCACUGCGUCCAGACCGCAGAGAUUGUACGUGCUAUAAAUUAUAUUAUGUGUAAGUCUGCAUCAUUGGAAUCUUUCCCAAGUGAAUCUAUAUUGAUAAAUUUUUGCUUGUCCCUUUACAAACAUGAAGUUCGCGAAAUGUCUGAUUAGGUAGCUUCUCUAUUACAUGUAUAAAUGAUUACAAGGCUUGAGGGUAGUUCCCGCAAACGUACUCUAAUCGGUAAGGAAGUGACAAUGAGUAUGAACAAAUUCCAAAUCUUCAUUAACUCCUUCAGAGAUCACUGUGAAUAGAUUCAAUAAACAAAAACAUAAACUGAAUAAUUGCUUUUCAAUGAAGUAUUUCAAUUUUAUACGAAUGCUGUUUGCAAACUAUUUUCAAUUGAGAUAUAGAGAUGAAAUCGUUACCGCGAAAUUUUCCAGGAACAAAAAAUUUGU